UUUCUCAAUUUUGUUUUCUAUUUUUAAGACCCUUAUACAAACUGACAAUAUGUGUGUAAAAAAGAAAGAAAGAGGAUUUCGUGUGAAGUGCGCCCCCUGGUGGCUGCUGGUAUAAUUGUACUAUUCUCUCUCUCUCUCUCCGCACUGAUGCUGCUAUUUCUCUCCAGCAUUACCGGCGGAGAGGAGGAGGAGGAGGAAGAGGAGGACGGAGCGGCUGUGUCAGGUGGAAGCGCAGGACCUCUAUGGAGGAUAUCAUCAUCGCUCUCCACCGACUGCACCUCCCGGCCGGCGUCUCCCGCUGCUGCGGCCGCAUUGUCCCCGCGCCGCACGCUCCGUGCGUUUGUCCCGAUGAAGCGUUUCCUGCGGUAGAGGGGAAGACCGAGCCUCCCCCCCGCAUUCAUCCCCGCUCCGCUUAUCGAUCCGAACCCGAGCAAGCAGCAGUCCGAGGGCGAAUCUAACGGGCGUCGUGCGCGAUGGCUAAUGCCUCUCCAGACCUGGACAAUGCAGAAGCCCAGCGCCAGCUCAACAACAACAACCGACCAAUCAGCUCCGGGUUCUGGGAGACCGAGUGCACCAGCGCCAAACUGUUCGAGUGCUCCCGCAUCAAGGCUCUGGCAGAUGAGAGAGAUGCAGUGCAGAAGAAAACCUUCACAAAGUGGGUCAACUCCCACCUGGCCAGAGUGUCCUGUCGCAUAUCUGACCUCUACAACGACCUUAGGGAUGGCUACAUGCUCACCAGACUGCUGGAGGUUCUCAGUGGGGAGCUACUGCCGAGACCUACGAGGGGUCGUAUGCGGAUCCACAGCCUGGAAAACGUGGACAAAGCUCUGCAGUUCCUGAAAGAGCAGAGAGUUCAUCUGGAAAACGUCGGUUCCCACGACAUUGUGGAUGGAAACCAUCGCCUCACGCUCGGCCUUAUCUGGACCAUCAUCCUUCGCUUUCAGAUCCAGGUGAUCAAAUAG